AUUAUUGUCUCCUGUUGUAGAUGCAGUGGGUGUAGUGAGUGACCUUGAAAUUACUCUUGCAUGUGCUGAGUUUCUAGUGUACAACGAGUGCAUUCUAAGCUGUCUUGUUUCCGUAUGCGCCAUCUAAUUUUAGAUAAGAGUGUAAACUCCAUAUUAUAUUUAAUGAAAAUUAUUAUAUAAUCGGAUAAGACAGAUAAUGUUAUAAAUGAAAAAAAUUGACGUCAUUCAUCAGAACACGGACGAAAAUAAUAUGACGAGUGCCACCUUGGGAGUGCCCGAGACUCUUUCGAGUUAGAUCCUAAUAAAAGAAAAGAGUAUUUGGAUAAUUUUGCGGUAAUAGUUUGUGACCAAAAGUCCCGUUUGACGAAGAAACGAGCGAAAAGAACGAUGCGUGCCGACGGUCGCUAGAACGCAUCGCGGUCACGUGACUCACCUCGACCAAUCAGGAGCGUUGUUGUGAUCUGGUUCUGGGAAUAGAUUUAGUCAUCUCCACCAAAAUACGGGGAAUAAUCACUCGGUGGAGACUUAUCUUCUUCUUCGGCAGUUUUUCGGCGACAUUCGGCCUUGACUGCCCGCCAUGGACCUCUAGGCCGAUCGGCGACGAGUUCAGCGACGUCCCCAGGGGCCGAGGAGUGCUGGCGGGAUGGCGGAUCCAAGGUCUGUGAGCAUGCGGAACACCAACACGCUCGACUACAACAUCAGCGAUAUCAUUGAUGUUAUCAAAGAAGACUACCAAGGCUUAGACACAGAAUAUGGAGGAGCCGUAGUCGGAAGUGCGAUAGGCAGUGAAGACAAUUACUCUGUCGUGACACAGGAAUCAUGCAACGAUCCUGAUUAUGCACUCAAAAGGAAAGCUUACGUGAAAAUAUUGGAGCAGCCUCAGGCCAAAGCUCUGCGAUUUCGUUAUAUGUGCGAGGGUCGUUCGGCUGGGUCAAUACCUGGAGUUCGAAGCACUGCAGAUAAUAAAACUUUCCCAGGCAUACAGGUGGUUGGUUACAAGGGUCCUGCAGUAGUGGUAGUGUCAUGUGUAACUGUUGACCCUCCCUACAGACCGCAUCCCCAUAACCUUGUUGGGAAAGAAGGGUGUAAAAAAGGAAUAUGUACAAUGACGAUCAACAGUGACACUAUGCAGUGCAUGUUCUCAAAUUUGGGAAUACAGUGCAUUAAAAAGCGUGACGUGGAAGACGCUCUGAAACUCAGAGAAGAGAUUCGUGUUGACCCAUUUCAAACUGGAUUCAGCCAUCGAAACCAACCUCAGAGUAUCGACCUAAAUUCACUAAGACUGUGUUUCCAAGUGUUCCUCGAAGGCUCUGAGAAGGGGAAAUUUACAUUCCCCUUGAAGCCAGUGGUGUCUGAUCCUAUAUAUGACAAAAAAGCCGCCUGUGAUCUCAACAUAUGCAAAUUGAGUGACUGCACGAGUAGUGUUGCUGGCGGUAAAGAAAUAAUACUCUUAUGUGAGAAAGUCACUAAAGAAGACAUCCAGGUACGCUUUUAUGAAGUCAAAGACGGAAGGAUAGAGUGGGAGGCAUUUGGAGAUUUUCAGGCUUCUGAUGUACAUAAACAGGUGGCCAUAUCCUUCAAAACCCCAAGAUAUAAGACACUGGAGGUGGAAAAUCCUGUGAAAGUUUAUGUUCAACUAUUACGACCAACGGACAAGAGCACCAGCGAACCACGGAACUUCCAUUUCUUGCCUCUGGAUUCAGAUCCUUUGUAUGUGAAACGAAAAGUGGCUAAGCUGGGAAACAGCAACAAUGCGGACAAAUUGGUGAAGUUUGUCGCUGAGAAUGUUGGUCCUGGAGUUUAUGGGGACGUAGCUAUGUCAGGAGUUGGAGCUGUGCAGCGACCUGUUAUAAUCGCGAAUCGAACAAAAUUUGGUGAUAGAAUAAAGAAGGAGCCAACAGAUAUCGGAUCUCCUGUGUCUCCCCUCUUCAACAUGGUUAAAUCGCCUGCAAAUCAGUCAGUGUCGCCACAUUACGGCGGAGGUACACUGUACACUGUACCAAGCCAGUCACUGAGUCCUGUACCCCAUGGAACAUAUUAUGCUCAGCAGUCCCCUGUACACAAUGAGGCAGUGGGGGUGGCCAUGAUGCCUUCACCAGGCAUACCUGAUCGAAGAGUUUCUUCACCAGGCCAACCUUAUUACCACGUUCACGAUGCUCAGUCUCCCUAUUCGCAAGACCCUGGUAUGGCUGGCCUUGAUGCUGUGGGUCUGGAAGGAUAUGUUCACCCACAGUCUGUCAGCAGCUCGCCGCAGGGUCCCCCAAUAUCACAGUUACUGGAUUUGGACUCCAAGAAAUACAUUGAUCAGAGCAAUAUUGAGUUAGACAUCAAUAACAUCAACUCGGCAGAACUGCGCUCGUUGCUGCCCAGUGAAAAUGACUUUAACGCAUCGAUGGUAGAUGCGCAUCUCUCAGAGAAUCUCUCCUCUAACCUAAAUCUCAUUGAUCAUCCUCCACAAAUGAAUAAGUUAAACAGUAAAAGUGGAGUAAGCAUGAGUGUUCAUGUCCCAUACUUGCAGAACAUUCCCACGGAUACACAGCCUGAGAUGGCUGCUCCCUCAACUUCUGAUAGUCUGAAUAAUCUAAAGAGUGAGAUUGAACUUCUGAAUCAGCUGUCAGCCAAACCUUGAGGGUGAUCUGGAACACGUGAGUUGCAGGCUGAUGUAUUGUAAUGCAUUUUACUCAACUUGUAUGUGUACUUACUUUGGUCACAUAUUUCUGUAUAUGUGAAUGCGUUCAGAGUAACAAAAUUAACCAUUGUGCAGCCAUCUUCGUUGGUUAUGUGGACAGUAAUUAAGAGUUGUAAACUGCGCUGAAAAAGGAGCCAGAGAUUCUGCAGUUAUUGUACCCAUUAUACCAGCAGACCUUAUAUUUCCCCCUUUAUCACUCAAUUUUAUAUUUAAAAGCUGUACUUAUGACAUUUGAUACAAAUCUAGUACUAAGAAUCAGUUUAGAUUGUUACUUUCAUUUACUCAAAGUCAUUUUAAUUACCAGAAAUAGAUAGAUCUUUUUUUCUGUUUGUACAUAGCUGCAGUAAAGUUAGUAAAAAUGAAAAAAAAAAGACGAGUUCACCAAUAAUCAUGUUAGCAUUGAAUCAUGGUAGGCACUGCUUGGAGCACAAUAUUCUUAUUUUUAUACUCUUAUUUUUUUCUUAGCUUGUAUAUAGGUAGUUGAAAGCAAACCUAUUUUACUUAAAUGUAAGAUAGGAAGACAAAGUAUCAUUAGGCCACAGAAAUGAUGUUUUUUCAUAAGAAUGUACUUUUCACGAUGCUGAGCAUCCUGAAGAUUUUUUACAGUACCCUGAUUGUCAGGACAGUUUAAGUAGUUGAGGCUAUUACCUGAAUUAACAAGACAAUGUUAUAUAUACAUUAAUAUAUAUAUAUUCUUGAGAAUAAGCAUGUGAUGGACUGCUACCACCAAGGUUUUCUUGUACCGGAUAUACUCGCAAAAACCAGGAAGUAGACAGAAACAGUUUUUGCAUACGUACUAUGCUUAAAAAAUGUUUUUAUUUUUCUAGUAUUUUCAUUUUUAGGCUUUUUUUUAUUAAAGUUUGUGGCCUGCAUGAUUAACAGGUUUAUUGUAUGUGCUGUAGUAUUUGUUUUGCAAUAAUUUUUUUUGUUUUAUAUCAGAAGUCUAUGAAUUUUGUGUUACAUGAAAGUUGAGUUUUUAUAUUUGUUAAUAUUUUAUAUAUGAAAGAACUUAAUGUUAUGUUUCAUCAUUUUAAUAUAAAGUAUUCGUAUAAUUUUUGUGUUUAUAAGAAAUUGGAUAAUACAGAUACUUACAUAAAUAUGCAUGUAUACAUCAUAACAGUACAAAUUCCCUACAUACAGUUUUGACAUAGAAAAUAUUUAAUGGCAUAUAAGUUCUCCCUCUUGUUCAUUCAAGAGGAAAUAUUUAGGAAGAGUUUUCAGUGUAUCUGAGCAUAUAAGGUAUACAGAAGUACUGACAUGGACCAAAUACCCAGUGAAAAUGGCAUUACAUAUAUAUUUUUUAUACAGAGGCUUGUCUAGGUACGUAGGGCUCAGGGGUCAACAUAUGUAAACUCAGAGAUGGCAGUGGCUUCGGGGAUAAGCCCCCUCAAAAAAUAUAAACAUUAAUGAAAGUCAGUCAAUAUAUAUAUGAAACUUAACAGAGAUACAUUAAUUGACAUGAACCAUCAUAAAUAAGAAACAGCACACAGUGCUUGUCACCGUUGAGUUCUCAGUAAAGAGCUUGUGUGUUUUUAUUCAUAUUAAUUUGACAAGGGUUUGAAAGAACUAGGAGAAACAGACACCAGUACUAUACAGUUAGUGGAAUGUUUUUAUAGUAAAAAUGACAGGGAUCUUGCAUGUUUGUAGAUUGUCGUUACAGUCCUAUUUCUUAUUUGGUACUGAUUUUGAAGUGCGCCUUUGAUAUACCCUAUCAUAAAUUAUAUUGUUGCAGUAAAUUUUUUAUUUUAACUAUUGCUUUGACGGACUGGAGAGUCAGAAUGUUUUGUUUUGAUGUGUGGUCAUUUGUUAAUUUCUUUUUUUAUUCAUUUUCAAGUGCUUUUAUGUUUUAUAUUGUGGUCCAAUAUUGUAUUUUAUAUGUUAAAACUUCAACAUUAUAAACAAACUGUGAUAUGCAAAAUACAGCCCCUGUUAAGAUGCAAAAUAUAGCAUAGUCUAACUUUGGAGUACUAAGGAAUAUGAUUCAAACUUACACAAUCAAGUUAUUUAGUACUAAAGGGUACAAAAAACACAUUUACAUAUAACAGUAAUAAUACUGUUACAUAAGUACUAGUAGAUGAAAAGGUUGGAUGUGCAAUUAGUUGGUCAAACUAAUUAUUACCUAUUACCUUUACUAUUCAGCAUAGUAGUGCUUAAAUAGAUAAUCUUAUCUGUAUUGAUAUGCCAACGUAUAAGUCAUAAUGAAAGUUUUACAUCAUUACAUGGGGUUCCUAAGAGUUUUCUCAGCUUAAAUAAAAUUUGAGCUUUCAUAAGGGGCUCUGGAAUUUACCACUCAUGUAUGUAGAGGAGUCACUGUACUUAUGUAACACUGUAGUAUGCACUGCUUAAGUUUAUACAUGGUUUCACCAGGUAAGAUGUCACAGUAAGAAUUCCCCCAAAAUAAGCAACAGUUUCCCAACAAUUAAUGCCAAAUUGUAAUUUGUUCUUAAACCGAUACUGUGUACUGCCCUUUAGGUAUUGUUCAUAGGCUGCACAAGUAAAAGUGUGGAAUGUAGCAUUGGCCUGUUAGUCAUUUGUUAAUACUCCAAGACAGAUUAUGGCAUAGUAUAUCAAAAACAUGAUUACAGAAUAUAGUAUGUUUUAGUAAUUUAACUGUACCAUAUUAAUGCCAAUGAUAGGUACAAAAUAUCCUUGGGUAGAAUUUUGUAAAACCUGAGGCCUCAGUGUACUUAGCAAUAACAAACAUGCAGUGUAAAUACAUUUAUCUUCAGUUACAUACUUUUUGAUUUGUGGAAAAGUGUAAGUUUUAAAGCAUAGUAUGAAGACUGAGACUAUUUUUUAUUUAUCUAAAUGGUGUUUUUAUUUCUAAAUAUUCAAAUAUAGGUCCAAGAACGUUGUUAUCAAAAGAAAAACAGCUCUGAAUAUUCACGGAGGGUCAUCUUAUUGAUGUAAAGCUUUAAAAUUAUACCACAUAGGCUCUGAGUGCAAUAGCUGAGUGCAAAUUGAGUGACACAUUUAUACAAGUUUGAGUGACAAAGGAUAGUUCUAAAAAUUUUAGGUGUAAAUGAAUAAUCGUAUAUUAUUUUACAAAUGUGUCCAUUACAGGAAGAGAUUUGACAAGUAACAUUCUGUAUUUUCAUGCAAGUUAGCUAAACCAUACCAGCUCAAAAAAAAAUUACUUAUAAAAUGUAGCAAUUUUUCUUUUUCAAGAUACUUGCCUAAAUUUAGAGAAUCGGUAAUUCUUUUUUCAAGUAAACCGUACUUAUUCAUGUGUAGUAACAAAAAAAUUAUGAUGAUGAUUUUAACUAGGUAGAGAUAUCGAACAGACAUUAGUAGUUAACAGCUGGGUAAAUGUUUUAGCUUACCAGAUAAUUCUCCCCAAAUAGUACAGUGAUAUUUUUUGUGAUGUGGACUUAUAUGCCAUCAAAUAGCUUACUUUUAGUUCUUUUACUGGGAAAAUAUUUAUGCAAUAUCUUGUCCUUUGUAUGGAAAGAGUGAAUCAGUUUAUAUUAAGUAUAAAUUCACAUACAUAUGUCCAUAGUACAUCUUAUAUGCCAAGAGGUUACAUUAUAGUGUUCUAAGUAUCAAAGAUUUAAGCCAUAAGCAGAUGUAGUAAAGUUUAACAGUACCUAAUCGGCAUUUUUCUAUUUUUGAGUGGAUAUCCAUAUGACCUUCAGUAAUUUCAGAUUAUGGAGUAUCUUACUGCAAUCCCCCACCCCCCCCAGAGCCCUGAAACUGGAAGAAUGCAGCAAUACCGCUUCCAUCCAUAUACUUGGCCCUGUUCUAAAGUGACUGGCAGGAGCACCUCAGGUGUGCUGCCAAAUUCCACUGUAUGUCUUUCAUUGUAUGGAGAGGAGCAGACAUGCCCCAAAAUGUGUGGUCACUAACAGUUCACAAAAUACACAGCUAAAAUCCUGCAAAUUACCACAUUUUAUCAUCUAAGUUACAUGAAGUUACAGUUUAAUAUUUCUAGAUUGGACUGUUUAACAUCAUAAUUUGACGAUAGUCAGGAUUUUUGAUGGGUAUAAAAUGUACUAUAUAGAUAUACAUAAAUAUAUACUAUAUGAAUGUUCAUAUACAUUUUUUAAGUCAUGAAGACACAUUUGUACUUGUGCAAUGAAGUGUGUGAAAAUCAAAUAUUUUUAAAAGCCUAUCAAAAAGUUGUCAAAUCAGAACAACUGAAAUACAAAUCUUGCCAACUUGUUGCAGUGUAGCUAUAUAUGUCAGACAGAUUUCCUUUCCAGAAUUAGGUUUUCCUUCAUCUGUUAAAGGCUUUGUAGUCUGACCCCAGGUAAUUUUAACGCAGACUCAACAAGGCCUUUCCAAUGGGUACUCUGGUACUUUUAGGAGGUUUUUUUUGUCUUUCAUGUUUUGGUGCACAAAUAUCUUUGUCUCUUUUGUAAUAGGAGUCGAUAAGGAAUUCCCUGUACUUGCAAAUGAAGUAGAACAUUGUACAGUAAAAACAAUGAGGUAACAUGGGACCAGCAACUCAACCUGGUUUUGCCUAAUUACAAUUUAAGAUGAUCACGCAUUGGGUACAGUAUAGUGAUAGUUUUCUUAAUCCCAGAAUUGUUGUAAACUAUAUAACAGUAUAUUGUUACUCUCACAAAGAUGGUCAUAUUCAUUAUAGAAAAUAGAAAACUUGCUUUUGUCAAGUUUGAUAUUUUUGUCAGCGAAACGGUCAUGUAUUGUUUGAAAACCUUAUAAUUUUAUCUUUAUGGUGUCAAUAAAGAUAGAUUUAUAUUCCAAAUAUAUUGUUCUCAAUGGUUGUGUGUUCAAUGUUAAAAUGCAACUUAUACAGUACUGCGUUUACUGUAAUUUUAAAAAAUUCUGUUGUAAUUUCCCGAGAGAAAGCAGUGCUUCCUAUUGUUGCCUGGUCACAGUUAAUACUAGAAUUUUUAUGCUUUUUUUAUCGUGGCAAAUUGAGCUACUGGUAUAUAGUUUUAUAUUUUCAGAUUUUGUCAAUAUAUUAAUUUGCUUAA